CCACUACGUUUUCCGUACGUUUUGACGUACACGACCUGACGUGUGCGGAAUCGAACUUGUAAACAAAAGCAGACACUACUCUGACGGUUUUAGUUUACUGAAGCAAAAAACUCAAGACAAAAUCAGAGUCAUCUGUUUUUUAGAGCGCAGUGGAAGCUUCACAGACAACUAACUGGCUGAAAUGACUAACUUGAUGUUUGGCAGUGGUUGAUGCGGGCGCCAGCUCCUUCCUGUAAGAAGACAUAUUUUGGUGUUGUAGGCCCGCAGAAACGACUGUAGCCAACAUGUCUAGGAAGCAAACGGCGAAACCUGUACGGGGCAACAAGAGGAGUGAAUCGGAACGCAAGAGGGAUGAACGGGCGGCACGCAGGGCCAUCGUGAAGGACCGCAAGAACCGGCCUCAGGAUGCAGAUGAAGGGGCCGAGUUUGUCAGUUUCUCUAACCAGCUCCAGGCCCUGGGGCUCAAGCUCAGAGAAGUCCCCGGGGACGGGAACUGCCUGUUCAGAGCUCUUGGCGACCAGUCAGAGGGUCACUCCCGGGGGCACCUGCGACUUCGCCAGGAGACUGUCCAGUAUAUGAUGUCCCAUCGGCAAGACUUUGAACCCUUUGUUGAGGACGACGUUCCUUUUUCACAGCACUUAUCCAACCUCUCUCAGCCCGGUACAUUUGCUGGAAACGAUGCAAUCGUGGCUUUUGCUCGUAGUCAACAGGUUAAAGUGGUCAUCCAUCAGCUCAACACAGCACUGUGGGAGAUAAAUGGCGCAGAGAAGGAGGUAUGCAGAGAGCUGCACAUCGCUUACCGCUAUGGAGAUCAUUACGACAGUGUGAGGCGGAUCGGAGAUAACUCUGAGAGUCCUGCUCAGCUCCGCAUAGAGAAUCUUCAGAAUUCACAAUCAGGCCAUCAGCGUGAGUUUGGGGAUGGCCAGAGGGACAGACGGAAAAAGCCGUCUUCCAUAGCCUCAGAGGAGGACAACGUGAUUCUGAGCGCCAUCAGGAAUCGAGGAAUCCCCGGUGAUGAGGAGAACCUUCUCCAGCUGAGCGCGGCGACCAUCAACGCCGAAUGGCUCGUCGGCGCUGUGCUGUGCCAGUCCUGCCAGGGCCAGUGUGCCUCAGGACCCUGCUCCGCCUGCAGAGUGUCAGCCACAAACUGCAGUGAGCACAAACAGCCAGCAGAGGGCGGCAAUAUACAAAAGGCAAAGGUAUCUAACAAGCAGAGGAAAGAACAGCAGCGGCAGGAGAAGAAGAAGCGGCAGGAGGAGAGGCAUCGGCAGAAGUUUCUCCAGGGUAAAGAAAGCCAAGACCAGAACCAGAACCUGCCAGAGGCUGUUACUUUAGUACCAGCUCUCAACACUCUCAGUAUAUAGACCGGAGCACGGCCAACAUUACCUGCUGCUACUCUAGCUACCGCGGGCUGGCGCUGUUUUGCACAAUCAGCUUUUCUUUUGGUCACAGGGGAUGACUUUUCCUAAAGAUUAACCCCAUUGUUCCUUUGCCAACGGUAUAUCUGUGUGCGUGUGUGAGAUGUAAAAGAUUUUUUUUUUUUUUUUUUUUACAAUCCCUGGUUGGUGUAUGCAGAAGCUACUCUGAUCUGGUCUACCUGGCGCUACCCUUUUUCCUUUUUAUGCCGGACAUCUUGCUUCAGCUGGGCUCAGUAAAGGAUGACGUGCCAUUAAUGAUUGUUGUGCACUGUGUGAGGAAUGUGGCAAUAAAUGAUAAACAAUGA